AUGCUAUAUCAGAAAUCACAACCAGAUCGUGAUUUGAAUUUUUUGAAUAACAUUAACAUUGAUAUUUAUAACAAAAUAAUAGAAAUAUAUAAAGAUACCAUAUAUAAUGUCAGAGAAUAUAAGACAAAUAGCAUAUCCUAUGGGUAUGAAGUCGAAGGUGAAUAUGAUGAUAUGCAAUACAAUGAAGAAAUGGAUGAGAUCAAAGUACAAGACUUAUCAAAAAUCAAUAGUAUCUUCAAUAAAGCAGGGUGUGGCAUAACAAAUGAUGAAGUUCAUCUUAUUGGGAUAACUAUAGACCAAAUGUCACAACUAGGGAAAUUUAAAAAUAUUAGAUAUUGGGGUAAAAUAAUAGGUUUAAAAUGUAGCUAUUACAUUUUGGAGUGUGAUUGGAAAAAUAAAGAAUUAGAAUAUAAAAUAACGCUCUUAAAUGAAAUAUUUAAUUCCAACAAUAAAAAACAAGUAUCACAUGAUUAUGAAAAUGAUAACGAAAAUCAAGAAGAUGUAGAAUUAGAAAAAUAUAUUUUAUCUGAAGAAGAAAAUGGAUAUUUUUCCAGAACAACAUUAUCAGGUCUAAUUAGCAAAGGUAUAAACGACGAAUUGGAGGGUUUCGAUUCUAUAAAAUCGGUAGAGUGUUCUUUUCCAGCCACAGAACUCGGUAGUGAUGAUUAUUUAUCACAUGAAAUAUUUGGUUUCGGAGCUAAUAAAAAGUCGUACUUUGUAACGAAUCAAUUAAACGAUUCAUGGAUUGAGUUGCCACUUCUCAAGCCUCAUCAUAUUAUUCAAUCACGAGAUAUCAAACGAUACUUUACAGGAGAUUUGGAGUCGCCUGUUGAAUCUUAUCCAUUGUUUCAAGGUUUGGAAAAACAUUAUCUCAGAGCUCAAAUUGCAAGGAUAACAGCUGCGACUCAAAUAUCACCACGUGAUUAUUUUGUACUCGACUACAAUUCAAAUUCAUAUAAAUGGAGAAAAUUAAACUCUUUUCAAUCGAAAGUGAUGUCACAGAAAUGGAUCCACGAGUAUGCAGUGAACGUGGAUUACAAUCCACUAUCGGUAUAUGAUUUAUUGGAACCGAGCAAUUGGGUACAUCACACUCCCUUGAUAUCGGAAAAAGGAGUGACCCAGGCAUGGACCAAUAUUAUAGAGUCCGGAGAAGACUUACAACAAAACUCCGAGGGCAUUGAUUAUGGUUGCAAGCUUAGGACGAACUUAGAAAUCGGCAAAGGAGACGGUGACCAACUGGAUAUAUUUAGAAACCUGUCAAAUGACGCUUAUAUGGGUGAAAUGCCACCAUGGAAAUUCGAAUUGACCAAUCGGUUUGACCACACGAAUACGUACGCGACCAUCCGGUCCAAUCUUUGGCCCGGGGCACACGCAGUUGCGCGUGAAAACCUUUUGGAUUACACGUAUCACGGUUGGGGCCACAAAUGGGGCGCCUUUAGUUUCACGGUCCAGCCGUUAAGUGGAUAUCAGCUGUCCAAUUCCUAUCAAGACGAUAUCGGCAUGACCAUCGAGAUGGGAGACCCGACUCGCGAAGAAGAAUUGAAGUAUUUAGCAAUAGUCCAAAAGAGGAAGGAAAAACGAGCUCGUAGGAAAGUCAACGCCCUGCGACCGUUUUCUGCAGCAGACGAGGACGAGGAAAGAAUCCUCAAUAAACACGACUACGAAUGA